UGAAAGUCGCAUUGUGCAAACGGCAGUGGGAAGCACAGCUUUAGGAACUCCAGGAUACAUUAGAACACCCAGCUGCUUGCAAGCUCUGGUGUAACAUGACUUUCCUGUGCAGACUGCGCAUGAACAGCUAGGGCAGAUUUAAGGAAUGCCUUCAACAACAGAUGUUAGACCCUGUGCUGUAGCAGCAGUUGUUGUGCUGGAAUACUUGGAAUAGUUUUAAAUCAACUGAAAAUAAGUUCACCCUCCAGAUUAUCAGCUGCCUGCUUUGAGCAUAACUUAACCAGCGACUACUAGUCAGAUACAAACAUGAUAAGGUGCUCUCUCUUUUGGCUUUCCGGGAUCUGAACACUCCAAAUGCAGAAAUGAUUUGGCAACUAACAUUUUGCUGGACAUCCCUGAUCAGAUCCCUGAUAUUCGGUCUACUUCUGCAGACUCAAGUUGCACAGCUUUCCAUCAUCACACAGCCAAAUAUUGUCCUGCUCAUGGCUGAUGAUCUUGGCAUAGGGGAUGUAGGUUGCUAUGGGAAUGAUACCAUCAGGACCCCAAACAUUGAUCGCCUGGCAAAGGAAGGAGUGAAACUGACACAACAUAUUGCUGCAGCUCCACUUUGCACCCCCAGCAGAGCAGCUUUCCUCACUGGCAGAUAUCCCCUCCGAUCAGGGAUGGAUGCUGUAAACAAUUACCGUGUUAUCUUUUGGAAUGGUGGCUCAGGAGGGCUUCCUCCAAAUGAAACCACUUUUGCCAGAAUACUGCAGCAGCAAGGCUACAGCACAGGACUGAUAGGGAAGUGGCAUCAAGGCGUUAACUGUGAAUCCCGCACUGACCAUUGUCAUCAUCCUUUAAAACACGGGUUUGACUACUUUUAUGGUAUGCCUUUUACACUAAUAAGUGACUGCCAACCAACAGAAACACCAGAGAUGGACAGAGCCUUUAGAAGGAAGCUCUGGUUUUCCACUGAGAUGAUUGGCCUAGCUAUACUCACCGCUGCUCUGGGAAGACUGACGGGCUUGAUUUCAGUCAGCUGGAAAAUGCUCACCUGCCUUGCUGGGUUUAGUCUCCUGUUCUUCAUAUGCUGGUUCUCCAGUUAUGGAUUUGUACGAUACUGGAACUGCAUUAUGAUGAGAAACCAUGAAGUUACUGAGCAGCCAAUGGUGACAGACAGGACAACAUCCCAUAUCUUGAAAGAGUCCAUUUCAUUCAUUGAAAGAAAUAAGCACAAGCCAUUCCUCCUUUUUCUUUCCUUUUUACAUUCGCACACCCCGCUCAUCACCACAGAGAAGUUUCUUGGGAGGAGCAGCCAUGGUUUAUAUGGAGACAAUGUAGAGGAAAUGGACUGGAUGGUGGGCCAGGUUCUAGAUGUUAUUGACAAGGAAGGCUUGAAAAAUACUACACUAGUUUACUUUGCCUCUGAUCAUGGUGGGUGGCUGGAAAGACAAGAAGGCCAAAGACAACUGGGUGGCUGGAAUGGAAUAUACAGAGGUGGAAAAGCUAUGGGAGGCUGGGAAGGAGGAAUCCGUGUCCCAGGGAUAUUUAGGUGGCCAGGAGUUUUACCUGCAGGCAAAGUUAUCGAUGAACCUACAAGCCUUAUGGAUAUUUAUCCUACAGUAGUUAAUCUGGCUGGAGGAGUACUACCACAAGACAGGGUAAUUGACGGCCGGGAUCUGAUGCCUUUACUGCGAGGAAUGGUUGAGCACUCAGAGCAUGAGUUCCUGUUUCAUUACUGUGGCAUUCACUUACAUGCUGCAAGGUGGCAUCAGAAGGACAGUGGAGCCAUCUGGAAGGCUCACUAUGUGACUCCCAUCUUUCAUCCUCUCGGGGCUGGGGCUUGUUAUGAUAGGGGAUUUUGUCCGUGUUUUGGGGAAGGUGUGACCCAUCAUGACCCUCCGUUGCUGUUUGAUCUCUCACAAGACCCUUCUGAAGCCAAACCUCUGUCAGCUGACACUGAGCCCCUCUUUGACACUGUAAUAAAGAAGAUUGGAAGAGCCAUAGAAGAGCAUCGCAGGACACUGACUCCUGUCCCAGAGCAGCUCUCCGUGUACAAUGUCGUGUGGAAGCCGUGGCUUCAGCCAUGCUGUGGGACAUUCCCAUUCUGCUGGUGUGAUAAGGAAGGUGACAAUAAACCCACCAACCUAUAAAAGAAAGAGCAGUUACUUCCUCAAAAGUGUUUUAAAUCCAGAGUGUUUUCUUUACGGGUGUUGAUUGGUGGGUUAGUUGUUUGUUUUAACAAAGCCUUUAUAUGAGAAUUGUUCCAUCGAAUGGCACAGUAUUUGUCAAAGUUGGUUUUAGUCUGAACACUCUCAGAGUGGGAUAAAGAAAGAAUUAUCUGAAGAGGUGUUUUAACUUGCAUCUGCUGACAACUAACUGAAUAGUUCAAAUGGACUGAAGCAGACCAAGAUUAGAGCUGUACAAGUAAUGAUAUAACUUUGGUUUUAUUAUUCAUUAAUAUAUACUUAGAAGCUUUGCUUUGUUU